AUGAGACAGAAACGAUUGCAACUGUUAUUUCAAUCGUUGAUUCUGUUUGGAUUUCUUAUUCCUCCAAUCGUGCUGCUUGCAUUAGGACAAGGACUAAGUGCACUUGUCUUCGUAGUGUACAGGUACCUUAUUGCCAUGCUCAUCUUGGCUCCUCUUGCUUAUGUGCUCGAAAGGAAUCGAAGACCCAGCUUCUCAUUUGGUGUCAUGCUAAAAAUAUUCAUUCUUGCUAUGUUGGGUAUAACAAUUCAGCAAAAUGUAUACUACGUUGGACUCCAUCUCAUUUCUCCAACUGUUGCCAGUGCCUUGGGCAAUGUCGUUCCUGCUUUUACUUUCUUAUUGGCAAUUGUACUGAGGAUGGAAAAGCUCAACUUGAAGACUGUAAGAGGGAGGGCCAAGCUUGCAGGGGCCAUCUUCUGCAUCACUGGUUCCCUGAUCUUCACAUUUUGGAAAGGUCAUUUUGUUGGGGGCCUUUGUUACUUCACCUAUGAUCCAACUUCAUUUCGAAAGUCCUGA